AGAGCCCCCCUGCCAGCCUCCCCAGCCUCCUACAGCCCCACAAGUCUCCCACGAGCCAGCUUUCCAUGUGCAAUAACUGCCCAUGGGGCCGCACUUUGGUACCGUCCACGACAAUGCCAACAUUCCUAGCGACUCCACUUAUUUAAGUGUUCCAAAGAUCAUGAGUGUGGAGCCUGAAUACCAUCUCAAGCACACCAACGUAUCACGACCUCAACUUUCUCACUCGAGCUCACAACAAAGCAUUGCAGCAUCACAAGCCGCAUCCGAAGGUUACUACAGCGCUUCUGAUCAUAACUCCAACGACAGCGACGACCGGAGACGCCUGUACCAGACACCCACCAGCCACACACCCACACGAAGUCAUGAGCAAUUGCAGACACAGCACCAGGCCCCGGUAACAUCACUCAGAGGCGUGGGUAUUCCAAGAGGUCAGCCUCAGCAGUCACACGCCGCACACCUUCUCCAAGGCCGUCCCAUCUCCACAAUCUCAGAAGAGCGAAGAUCGAUGGACACCAGACGGCGGUCCAACAUGGACCCAGAUUCGCAGGCCACAACACCCGGCCAAGACACAACACCAUACAUUCGCUUUGCUAUCGACCAACUCACCCGAGAUGAGGAGGUUCGAGGGUCACGAGUGUACCCUGAAGUACGGCAGUACGAGGAGGACUACCCUGUAGAGCGGAUAGUUCCUGAUCAUGGCCUGGGGUACAUGGCGCAGGAGCAGCAGACACAGAAGAGGAUGUCAGAGCACAUGCCGCCGAAUUCCAACAGACACUCGAGACGUCACUCGAUUCCUCGCAAGCCAGUCGCUACGCCUCACAACGUUCAGUUCUCGUCACCUGCCCCGGCAUACGAAUCGCCACCUCGUACACAGCAACAACCUCCAUAUUAUCAACAUCGAAUGCCGGCACAAAUGCAGGUCGAACCACUACUACAUGAUGACCCGCGUGUGCAGUACCCCCAGGCCUCUGCCUUCAGUGCAGAUAAGGACGUCUUCGUAGCGCACGACCUCGACCACCUGCCUCUCCACUUCGUCCCCGCCGUCCUCCGCCCAGCCUGGCUGGGAUUAUUCAGCUUCCUAUGUCUGCUCAUGUUGGCUGGUCUGAUUGCAUCUGCUGUCUUGUCGUCACGAGACGGAGGCAAUGGACUGUGGAACUACACCAACUUUGGUGAUGGACGUUACUUCGUCUUCGAGUACCUCCCAACAUUACUCGGCAUGUUCAUCUUUAUCUGGCUCAUUCAAGUCCAGACCGCUCUACAAAGAAUCAUUCCAUUCUUGUCAAUGGCAUCAAAUUCAUUCCAUCGCCGCUCUGAGGCUGUCUUCCUCGAGCUCCACCCAACGCAGUUUCUGCUUCCCAGAAUCGAGCACUUUCGUGCUGGUCAUCCGGCUAUUGGCGCUUGCUACAUCAUCUUCUGGCUUUUCGCAUGGACGAUACCCCUUCUUGCAGCUUCUUUCAACGUACGCUACGACUUGACAGCAUCUGUCUGGCGAUGGGUCGCCGUACAGGGUGUCAUCUGGACAGUCGUUGCACUGUACAUACUUCUCGUCAUUGCAUUGUUCGUCGUUCUGAUUACUCUUCGCAAGCCAACGGGUCUGAGAUGGGAUCCCCGAUCUCUCGCCGACAUCAUUGCACUCUUUGAGCGUUCCAAUGUCAUGGCCGAGUACGAGGGCUCUGAGACCUUUGCCAAUGGCGACUGGGACCGCCUGCGCAAUCGCGCUGACCGCAUCGGAUACUGGAGCACAUCGAACCGCACGAAAGACAUUUUCUACGGCAUCGGCGAGGAAAACGGCGAGACGCGCCGCUUCUCGAUCGAAGACGGACGAAUCAGGGAGAAGGUGUCUGAUCGUGCGAAUCUCGAGCAGACUCACGAUCAAUCAGGAGACUUCCACAUUCGAACCGACAUCCGCAGUCCUCCCGUACGCCUACGAUUUUUGCCGUGGUAUCUCAAGGACGGCGCCGUAAUUGCAAAUAUCGUGGUUGGCAUCAUCUUGCUCAUCGCCUUCUACGUGAUCAGUUACGUUAAUUCGGCUGUACGCCUCGGAUUCCUGCCCGCCGUGACUGCACGCACCGACGCCGCCGGCUUCUCGACAAGCAACUUCUUGUACUCUUUCGUGCCUGCAGUCAUCGGCAUGUUCCUCUUCCUUGCACUCCUAUCCGUCGAUUACUCCCGCCGCGUGCUGCAGCCAUACAUGUCCCUCUCAUCGGCCGGCGGUGCAACAGCAGAAACCUCCCUGCUCCUCGAUUACCCUUGCCGCCUGCCUCUCUCUGUAACGCUCGCAGCCGUCGGAAACCGACACUUUGCCACCGCCAUCCUUUCGGUCAUCUCGCUAGCCAGUCUUGCCAUCCCGGUUGUUGCAGGCGGCUGUUUCUGGACACAAUACUACGCCAACGAAGACACGGUGCGCGUGGCCGCCGAUCUACCGGGAUACUACGCUCUCUGUUUCUUCCUCGCGCUGUACAUCGUGGGUCUGUUUGCGCUGCUGCCGGGUCGCAAGAAGGCGAAGCUGCCGCAUCGGAGUAACACCAUCGCUGAGGUUGUGAGUUGGGUGUACCAGAGCCCGAUUCUGGGGGAUCGCGCGUUCUACCGACCGCAGACGAAGCCGGAGUUGGUCACAAGAUUGAUGGGCACCGCGUAUGCGGAGCGCUCGUUCAGUCAGUCGGUACGCUCGCUCGUGAGGGGUGAUUCUCCUACUGAUCCGGCGCUGGGCGGGAAGGAGAAGCGCCGUGUUGGCGUACCGCAGCGCGAUAGCACGGCUGAUCCUGGUGCAAUCCGAUAUGGUUUCGGCAUCUACGUUGGCCGCGAUGGACUGGAGCAUCUUGGUAUUGAUCGUGUGCACCGCCGUGAGCGGCCUACUGGGCUGGUGAUCUGGGAAGAGCAGCAGAGCCAUCCAAAGGUUAAGAAAAGCAAGAGGAGUAAGAAGAUCAAGUACGACAGGAAAGAGAGAAAUGGAAGUGAGACGGAGAAUAUGGUGUAGAUGAUUGAGACGGAAGAAGAACGAUGGAGAUGUUUAUGAUUUCGUGUAUCAUGCAUUUACGAUGGCGCAAUAUGGGGCAUCGGAGGAAAUCUGACAUUCGGACUGUAACUAUGCGAACGACUAGAUGACAUUGACGACAUACUACAACUAAUUCGAGAUGACCCAACCAUCACACUACUAUGCG